AACAGCGACAAUCAGCAGCAACAAUCGCAAGUGGCUUUUCUCCAGCCUUUGUCCUUUUCCAACUAAAAACGGUCGGUGAAUCGAGUACCAAACAAACCGGCAAAGGGUCUCUACACCGCGUCACCAAACAAGCCUUGGCCUGCGUCACGCUGCAAGUGUCGAGAGCCUCCGCACAAUUCCAUCAUCUCGCGACCAUCUCCCUCGAUACCGUUCACUUUUCUAUCCUUCUCCAUUCUAGCCGUGUCUUUCUUGCAGAGACACCCCGAUUUCACUUUACAACCGAAUGGUCAACAUGGCUUCGUAUACACAAACACCGCAGCAGAACGGCUUCUACGAGUCUGUGCCGCAACCCUCUGACAGCCUGCAGAACAGGGGCUAUGGCAAUCUUUCGCAACAUGAUUUCGCUCACGAAGGCGAACGUCCUAUCACAGUUGGCGACACUGUUGGCAACCCGCACUCCAUCACUCUCGAGGAUGGCGGCGUCAACCGUACUGUUUCCAAUGCCUCGACCGCAGCAUACAGAGACAUCACCCCCUCGCGUGCCGGCACCUUGAAGAAGAAGGCAAGCGUGAGCCGCAAAUCUAGUCUUAACCGCAGCGGCAGUCGCAGAAGUACCAGAGCUGGCAGCAUUGCUGGUGUCGGUACCCCGGGCGCCCAUGACGACUACAACAGCGCUUUGUCGACUCCAAUUCCCACUCACGGCAGCCCUACUGAUAUCCUCGCCAAUCGCUUCCAAGCAUGGCGCACUCUGUUGAAGUCGCUCAUCACCUACUUCCGAGAGAUCCAGUCUAGCUACGAGACGCGUAGCAAAGCUUUGUUGAAAGUGUCGAAUGUUCUGUCCAACUUUUCGCACCCUUCUGUCUUCAUCACCGAUGGUGGUCUGGCUGAUGCGUCGCGCAUUCUCGGCGACUACCACAAGCACUCUGUCGCAGAAUCGAACAAGUCCCGCGAUAUUGAGCAGGAUGUCAUAUCCGCUCUCACUGGCCUGCGUAGCGAUCUGAGCCAGAAGAUUAAGGAGAUCAAGAGUCUCAACGGUGACUUCAAGAACUCGGUCGACAAAGAGAAGGACGCAACACGCAAAGCGAUUGACCAGCUUGCCGAGGCCUUGCAACACGCAGACCACGGCGACAACAGCAAGACCGACCCUUACAUUGUCCGCCUUGGAGUUGAUCGCAUGGUUGAAAAGCAGAUUGAUGAGGAAAACUACCUCCACCGCGCAUACCUGAACCUCGAGAGCUCGGGCCGCGAGCUCGAAUCGAUUGUCGUGGGAGAGAUUCAAAAGGCAUACAAUGCCAUGGCCAGCAUUCUCAAGCGUGAGGGCGAUGAUGCCUACAACACCGUCGAGCAACUUCGCGGAGGUCCCAUCGCUAUGCCCAAGGACCUUGAAUGGGCGCGCUUUGUCGAGACCGAUCCCCACUUUGUCAACCCCAGACUGCCUCUCCGCCGUAUUGAGGACAUCGACUACCCUGGAAAGAACGCUCCUGCAGCAGCUGAGGUCAGAGCUGGAAUGUUGGAACGCAAGAGCAAGUAUCUCAAGAGCUACACACCUGGGUGGUACGUCUUGUCGCCUACUCACUUGCAUGAGUUCAAGUCGGCCGACAAGAUCUACUCGCAACCUCCAGUUAUGUCGUUGUACUUGCCCGAGCAGAAGCUGGGUUCUCACUCUGAGCCCGGUUCCUCGUCGCACAAAUUCAUGCUCAAGGGCCGCCAAAGCAGUGGCAUGCACCGCGGCCACAACUGGGUUUUCCGCGCUGAGUCUUACGAGACUAUGAUGGCUUGGUACGAAGCCAUCAAGAUUUUGACUGAGAAGACUGCCGAAGAACGCAACGCCUUCGUUCGUCAGCACGUUCGCAGCAUCAGCCAAAACAGCCACCGCAAUAGCAUCAGCAGUGACGGUCUUGAGGAGGACGAAGCUGACCAGGUCCCCUAUUCUGCCCAAUCUAGCGUCAUCAACCAGCCCAUUGGUGAGACGCGUCUCCAGCGUCCCGUUCCAGGCGGGCGAUUCCCGUCUGAUCUGCAGAUUCCUCGCACUCUAGCUGCUUCGCCAGACAGUGAGUCUGACGAGCCCGAGCACCACAACACUGCUGCCGCCACCGCUCUCCCCGGCGUCGUCGCUCUUGCCGCACCUACCCACUACGAUGAUAACCCUUACCGUCUCGAGGGUGUCUCUACCCACGAAGAGGUGCCUGCGCAGCAGAGAGUAGCUUUCACUUCGGCCACUCCAGGCUCUAUCGCCCAUGCCAGAGAGACACUUGCCCUUAGAGAGGACGCUCCUCAUGGCUCGGUUGCUCACGCCAGAGAGACAAUGCCUCUGAGAGAAGACGCUACCUCUACACCAAGUUCCUACCAGCCCAACCCUGUUGAUAACUUCAACAAUACCCCAGUUCAACCUGCUGCUCCUCAGAACAAUGUUGUUCAGCCUACUCAGACGUUUGUCUUGCCUGUCCAACAUGCAGCUCCAGCUCACCAGCUCCAGCGUGACGUUCCCGUCAGCCCCAUUGAGCAGCAACAAUCUCUAGCUCCUGCCUCCAAGCCCGUCCGCCAAAACACCAACUACAGUGAGUGGAUGGCUCCCGCAGCUGCAGGCGUGGGUGCAGGUGCCUUGGGCGCUGAAGCCUACCACCGUCACCAAGACAGAGACCUUUCUUCCAACAUCGAGGAGGAACAACAGACACCUUAUGCAGACGAGCGUCCUCGCGACUUGACUGGUGGUCACGCUGCUAUGCCUACGUCGAAUGAAGCUGCUACCAGCAAUCCUGCCGCAUUUGCCAACAACAACGGCAUCUCUGGCGCUACAUACACUGGCACAGCUCCCUUUCCCGUCUUGAUCCCCAACUCUGCCAACGUUCCUCAGUCGCCUGAGUUCGUUCCCUACGGCGCGAGCACAUUCGGUGCCCCCACUCCCGCUGCUGAGGGCUCCGAACAUCUCGGCGGUCUCGAGAGUGAUGGUGCUCACCAGACUGGUGCCAUCUUCCCCAGAGUCGUUAGACACGACACUGACAUGAGCGUCAGCCAGCUUCACGUUCCUGGCGAAUUCCCUCCCGCGACCCCCGGUUUUGCCCCUACUGAGGAGAAGACCGAAAGAUCAUUGUCUCCCCGUCCUGCCGUUGGUUCUCACGGAACUUUCAUUGCUCCCUCUGCCUGGGAGUUGGCUAGAGAGUAAGAAGUUGAUGAAGCAUGGGAAGCAACAGGAUUGUGGUAACUGAACCUGACCGUGACGACACGAUUUCCUUACUAUCGUUGUUUCACUUGUUGUCCGAUGUCUUAAUACUCUCAUUUGUUUCGCGAGCGCUUUGCUUCAUGCUUGAUUAUUGGUUUUUCUGACUUUUUUACGACAUUGCGAUUACCCUGUGUUUCCUCUAUACU